UUUAGUUGUUGGUGAUAAAGGUGCAUAACUGAAAGGCACACAAAGAACAUUCAGCGUUAACAGUUUAAGAUUAUAAGCCUGUAUAAGAGUAGAAAUGUCUUAAGAUGUUUAUGACAAUGUGGUCAGCAUCGAGUCUUGGGGAAGGAACAGAUCUAUUGGAAAUGACAGUGGCUAUUUAUGAGAGUGCAGACUGUAUAAAAGAUCAAGACUUCAGGACAAACACACAACAAUCCCUUCAACAAACAGGAAGUGAUUCAGUAAACAAAGAGCACCAGAGCUUAUGCAGUGUGUUUGGUGCUGCUGUGUUUUCUUCUGCUGACUGCAGUCAUAGUGCUGAGUGUCUACAUCUAUGCAAACUACACACAACAGACCAGAUUUACCAGCCUCAGAGAAGAGAGAGACCAGCUACUAAUCAACAUAACCAACCUCACAGAAGAGAGAGACCAGAUGCUAACCAGUUUCAAAGUUAUCAAAGCAGAGAAUGCUCAGAACCAAAUCUUGACGAAUCUUGACCUGCAGGAGUGUCGUAAUAAACUGGAGAAGAAGAACUGGUCUGAGAGCAGAAGAUACUGUAGAGACAGAGGACCAGAUCUCAUCAUCAUAAACAACAAAGAAGAACAAGAAUAUUUUAAUGCAAUAUCUGGUGGCACUGCGUUUUGGAUUGGUCUGACUGACAGUGAUGAAGAGGGCAGUUGGAAAUGGGUUGAUGGCAGCAACAUGACCACUGGGUUCUGGAGGUUUUCAGAGCCCAAUGGACAAAGAGGAGAGAAAGAACUGUGCUGUAUCUUAUUCUUCAGGAUGGGUCGAUUAUCCAUGUAAUGACUAUUUUCAGUGGAUCUGUGAGAAAAGAGCACUUAAAAAAGUCAUUAAGUUGUAUUUUUGUUCAUGCUGUAAAUUACAUGCAACAUUUUCUCUCUCCUAAAUACAAUAUUCAGACAUACAGUUUGUCUUAUUAAAAUUAUAUUCAAAACAUUGUUAUUUACCCUAUAAUAAUUAAAUCUGUUUUGUUAAUUGUGA